CUGGACAUUCUUGGAAAUCAAAAUUGUACACAGUCUUAUGAUAAAACGGUUUCAAACUUGAAUUUCCGUGUAAAAUCUGUAGGAACACGUUGUCCUAUUGAUUGGUAUAGGAAUGGCGAUGCUUGUUAUCUGAUACUUCACGAAAAGAGAACAUGGUUUCAGGCAAGAGAUUUCUGCCGAAGCCAUGGAUCUGAUCUGGUUAGUUUACAUAGUAAAACUGAAGUUGAUACGCUUCCGAAUAACCAAUUAAAAGACGAACCGUAUUGGAUAGGAUUAAACGAAAUUGAUCAUAAAGGUACAUUUAAAUGGAGCGACGGGACGCCGCUUGAUUAUGCAAAUUGGAACACAUACGAACCAAACCAUUGGAACAACUUUGAACAUUGUGUUGAAAUGGAGCACUUCUCUCACAGAAAAUGGAAUGAUGGCAAUUGCUAUAUUUCACAAAGUUUUAUUUGUAAAUUGAGUCUUACUGACAAAUGUGGGAACGACAAUUGGUAUCUACACAAUGGAUCGUGUUACCUAUUUAAUCCGUCUGAUGACACGAAGUUGUCAUGGAUUGCUGCUCGUCAAUUAUGUCUACAAAAGGGUGCAGAUUUAAUCAGCAUUUGUUCGAGUAAUGAAUUAUCAUUUGUUCUGAGUCAAGCUUUUCAAUUAUCUACAUCAGUCAAAUGGAUAGGUCUAAAUGAUUUCGCGUUGAUCGGCAAAUAUAAAUGGCUUGAUGGAACUGUUUCGAAAAAUCUAACGUGGGCUCAUAGAGAACCAAGCGAUGAUCAACAUUAUUGUGUCUACUUUGGAAGACUUGGUAAUAUUUAUGAAUUGCUUGAAUUACAUUGUUUAGAAAUGUACCCUUUUGGGGAUUUUCAGAAAACAAUUUUACUUGCAUUUUGGCUUAACUUUGCUUUUACAAAAUUUAAGCUUGUAAAUUAUUUUUAAAUGUU